UCGCGGGAACAUGCGCAGAAACAGUAACGUGACGGGGAGCCGAGUCUGAAACUGCCGCGCGCAGCCCUGUGCCCCGUGACAGAUAAAGCAGCUAUGCCUGUUCAAGUUAUUGAUGGUGCACCUGAAACUCUACUGCCAAGCCAGCUGCAGAAAGUGGAUUUAAAAUACCUGCAAGUGGGUUGUGAUCAGGCCAACAAAUACUUUCAGGGAACAGUUAUUCUUUUCUACCCUUUAACUAAACUUGGCAACGGAACAGAAUUUUUCAAGAUUCUACUUCAAGAAUCAGAGAAUUCAUGUUCAAGGACCAGCAGCAUCAAUAUUUUAUUUUUUGGAAGGUUGGCAGAAGAUUGUGAAAAAGUUGUACAUCAAGGGGAUACCAUGGUGGUAGCUGGAUUUAACGUGGCCAAAUCAUUUUCUGCUAAUGAAGAUGACCAUCACUGCUGUCAACUGGAAGUAUCUGAAGAUGCAGGGUCAAACAUUUAUAUUUAUACUAAGCCAUAUUUGGUCACAACAUCAGAAACAGCAUCCAUGCCAGUUGCACCAAAAUAUACAUAUACGCCUCUGAAUCAUCUUAAAGGUGGAACUAUAGUCAACUUGUAUGGUGCUGUGAAAUUCUUCAAGCCCCCAUAUAUAAGCAAAGGAACUGAUUAUUGUUCAGUUGUAACAAUUGUGGACCAAUCAAAUGUGAAGUUAACAUGCACACUUUUUAAUGGAAAUCUAGAUGCCCUUCCAAAAAUCUACAAAAUUGGAGAUAUUGUUCGAUUUCAUAGAAUAAAGACACAGGGAACUGCCCACACAGAACAUCUUUCAGGACUGGGACUUCAAUUAGACAUCACAGCAAGAGGAAACAAGGCAAAAGAAAAGAUCAGGGAAUACAAUGAACAAAUGCAGGGAAUUACCAGUAUUGGCUUUGCAUCCUUGACAUUUGAUGGAACUGUGGGAGCACCAAUAGUACCUCGAACCUCUAGUAAAUUGUACACUUUCACAGAAGAAGAACAGAAAACAAUAGAAGAACUACGUAUUUGGGCAGCUAGUAAUCUUUCAGUCUUUGGGCCAACAGCAAAAUUGUCUGGUGUCCAGCCAAUGCUGUUUUUUGACCUCACUUGCCAACUCUUAGGGAAAGCAGAAAUAGAUGGAUCUUCCUUUCUUCUCAAGGUGUGGGAUGGUACAAAAUGUUCCUACCCAUCUUGGAAAGUACUUGUGGAAGAAAGUGACCUUGAAGGAGAUAAAGUUCUCAUCCAUCGGCUGAGAAAUCUGACUGUAGACAUUCUAGUUUACGAUAACCAUGUGCAGCUGGCAAAAUCACUGAAGGUUGGAAGCUUUCUGAGAAUUUACAGUCUGCAUUCAAAACAAGCCAGUGCUGGGAACCAGGCUGAUGUUUCCUAUGUAGAAUUUCAUCUUCAUGGAGGUACCUGUUACGGUCGAGGAAUUAGAGUCCUGCCAGAAAAUAAUCCAGACGUUAAAGAACUAAAAGCAUUCAUGGAUUCUGUGAUUCUUACAGAGAGUCAAAACGUGGAGAGCACGUCUUCAAUGGAAGUUGAUGGCACUUUUGACAAUCUAUCAUACCAGUCAUAUUCAGAGAGAUGCCAACAGUUAUCUGUUACAGUAUUAACAGAUCAUCAGCAUUUAGAUGACACCGCACUAAAUACUAUUUUGAAAAGCACAGUUCCUCAACAGUAUCGCAUUAGAGCAAAACUGAGAACUUUUAAACCUCAGAACCUCUAUCAGUCCGUUAAACUUUAUUGUUCAAAAUGCAACUCACUGCAAGAAGUUCCAGAUGGAGAUGAUUUUGACUUAAUAUUAAGAGACUCUGCAGUUACAGCUCCAAAUCCAGAAGUACAUAAUGCAUUGUGGUAUGAUUCUGCUGUGUGGGAUGCAGCUAAUCAGGGGCAAAGAAAAAUAGUUGUUCAUUUUGUAAAACACGAUGAGCUGCUUCAAGAACCAGAAGAUACUUUGAUUAUGGUAGAAGGAGUGACGCUAAAAGAAAUCAGAAAACUUUCAAGAAGAUUUAAAUGUAUUAUACCUGUGAAAUCCACAAAAGAAGAUCUUGAGUUAUUAGACCUUUCAGCUCCUUUCCUUUUGCAAGGGAAAAUAUGGCAUUAUGGGUGUAAACAGUGCUCGAAGCAGAAAACUAUCCAGAGUCUCAGUUCCCUUGCCAUAGAAGAACAACCAUCGUGGGAGCCCACUGAAAUAGCAAAAGUUUUGGGUAUUGAACCACUCCAGUAUGUCUUCGUUAUGAAGUUUACGCUUGAUGAUGGAACAGGAGCACUGGAUGCAUACCUCUUUGAUUAUGAAAAGUUUUUCCAGAUUCCUGCCUCUGAAGUCCUUACCAGUAAUCUUCUUCAGGAGAAGAUGGAAAUGAUCAUGAGUAUGCUUUGUCCUUCAGGAACAAAACUAGAUGACUUACCAUGGUUGGAAUGCUUCAUCAGGUCUUACAACAUCAGAGAUGGAAUGGAACAGCAAGUCUGCUAUCAAAUUUUUGACACUAUGGUUGCUGAAGAUGUUAUCUAGUAAUAUGUAUUAUAAGAGAUUUAUUAACAUGGAUUACAAAAAUGUUGAAGUUAAAAAUACCAUAAAAGCUUUUGUAUAACAUAUUGUGUUCUGUGUUGAGAAAUAAUAAUCAGGAAAGCAAAUGUCUUUUUUUGUUUGUUUGUUUUUGCAUCUCACCUGUGUACUAAGGCUUUAGCUCUUAUGUUCCUGAAUUAAAAUUAAUUGGACAUAAGAGGUAUUUAUGACUUGCCCUGGGCUAAUCCAGUGAGUCAAGUAGUAGUUAAAGUGCCCAGCACUUCAUGGGAGUGGUAACUAUGUGGUAGAGACUGUUAAAAGUAGGUUAAUAGCCAAAGGUUUCAAGCUAUUACAUCCUUGAAAAUUAUCAUUGACCUAGAGUCAAAUUUAAAUGGACAUUAUAAAGUAUAAAUGUUUUGUAAUAUAUGAAGAAUAAACAUGAUUGUGCUCUGUUUAUGAACCUAUUUUAAUACGAAAGAGUAAGUGAUUUGAGCAAAGCUGGGGAAACAAGGCUCUUCCAUUAACUUGUGCUCCCUCACUUUAUUCUGUACAAAUCUAUUUUAAGAUUCUAAAAACACAUGGGCUUUUUCCUUGCUUUAAUUUCUCAUUGAUAUGUAGAUUGUAGUAAGCUCUUCCUGCAGUCCUGAUGCAUGCAAGUAGUGUCCUUGACCUCAGUGGAUCUAUUUGCAUGAGUUAGAAUUACUGAUCUGAUUUAGAAAUACAAAGUCAGGCCAUAAAAUCAGGGAUAUUUAAAAUAUUAAAAUGAAUACUAAUAUUUAUUAUAUUGUGAGGAUGGUAAAGUCAGAUAUAUUUGGGGUCAUAUUUGACAUCACUUCUUCUUUAAAUUGUGUACGUGCAGAGGUUCUUGCACAUAGUUUGACUAAAUUUAGAAUCUGAUUAUACUGUCUUGAUUGCUUUUCUCUUUUGUGUAAUUAGAUUGGUUGGCCAAAUUUAGAAACAUUUUCAGGCCAAUCAGUGACUAGCUGGAAACCACCGUGGAAACAGUACAAUUGCUUUUACCUUGCAUUCUAAAGUAUUUGCCCCAAAUUCAGACUAAUUUUCUAGAGAAUAAUUUUAAUGUAAAAGUUCUCACUAGGGGAAUAUGUUUCUUGUCAGCAAGGAGAAAAAUCACGUAACACUUGCAAGGAGGAUUUUUUUAAAAGGGAGCAUGGAGAUAUUUAAAAUAGUAUUUAUAGUUAACUAGUACUAGGAUACUAAAUCAAAUUAUUUUGCAGUGUUCUAAGAGAGAUUUAGUAGAAUAAACUAUUAUGUUCACUCACUAUUUCAUCCAAUUAUGAAUAGAUUUAAUGUAUUAUUCUAAAAAUCUCUCCGAGCCAUAGAAACAUUGAGUCAUAAACCUAGACAUUAUAUGCUUUAUCAGUUAUCGUGUAGAUAAAAGGUUCAUCAAUAUGGGUAGAUGAUGGGUCACUUUCAAGGCAAGGAGAAACUGUCAGCCUGAUUGAAUGAGACCAUCAGCUUGCCAAGCAAGGAACAACACUGGCAAUUGUUCCGAGAGGAGCUGCUUGCCUCCCUUUGGCCUGAUGAGAGAUAUGAUAAGUGAAUUAUUUUAAUUUCUGUGUAAUUAAACUCCUGAAGCACUCAUAAAUAAGAAAUAUACAAGUUCUUGCUAUGUAAUGGGUAGUUUAUCACUAAAACUAUAAAGCAGACCUCUUUUCGGAUAAGAUUUGUAUAAAAGCCUAUAUUUCUGGUUGGGUUACAUGACAUAAACCAUAUCAUGAACUGCAAAAUCAUUAGUAAAAAGUAUGUAUGAAAUUGUAACUGUUUUUAUGUAAAUAAAAAGUCAUGUUCUUGUA